CCUCGCAACCACAUAAAACGAGGGAGAAACACUCGUGAAACUCUCAUCAUCGCAGAGAAGAAAACACAGAGAGAAAGCGAAAAUGGCAGCAGUUGGUGGCGCUAGUGAAGUUCCUGGAAACCAGAACAGCCUUGAAAUCGAGAAUCUCGCUCGCUUCGCCGUUGAAGAACACAACAAAAAACAGAAUACGCUUCUGGAAUUUGGAAAGGUGGUUAGUGCUACACAGCAAGUGGUUGCUGGUACCUUGUAUAAGAUCAAGCUAGAGGUAAAUGAUGGUGGGAAGAAACAGGUAUAUGAAGCUAAGAUUUGGGAAAAGCCAUGGUUGAACUUCAAGGAGUUGCAGGAGUUCAAUCUUGUCGGAGAUGCGUCUGCCGAGUAGGUCGAUGAACGAUGAAGAUUAUGUGCGUCCAGCCUGUGGCUCGAAGGUGAUAAGCGUAACGAUAUGUAAAACUAAGCCAUGUAUGUACUUAGACCCCCACUCCACCCAAAAAAACUUUUGUAUGAAAUAAAUGUUGCUAGCUAUUACCUUCGGGUUUGAUAUUUGAAGUCGAAACACUACACGCUUUGUAUUCAUCUGGAAACAUAUUAAAAGGUUACCUACAAGAAAUCUAUGGUCUUUUUUGUGUA